AUGGUAAGCUUGGAAUUCCUAGACAUUUCUCAUAAUAAUAUAUCGGGAACUAUUCCCAUGUCUUUGGAGAAACUACAAUACCUCAAGUGUUUCAAUGUUUCAUUCAACAAGUUGCACGGUGAAAUACCCUCGGGGGGUCCUUUCAAGAACCUCUCGAGUCAAUUUUUCAUCAACAAUGAAGCAUUGUAUGGUUUGUCAAGGUUUAAUGUCCCACCAUGCCCCACUUCAUCAACACAUAGAUCAAAUAGGAAAAAAUUGCUACUUCUAUUUCUUUUGCUAGGAAUAGCACUUGUAUUCGUUCCUAUCACCCUUGUGUUUGUAUGGAUAAGGUAUAGAAGAGGUAAAAUAUCUCCUCAACGAGCUGAUUCAUUGUCUAUCAUAACAACAAGAAGAAUUGCAUACUAUGAACUGCUCCAAGCAACUGAUUCACUUAGCAAGAGUACUAAUCGGAUUGGUUCUGGAAGUUUUGGCUCUGCUUACAAAGGCAUUCUCAGGAGUGGGACGAUCAUUGCAGUUAAAGUGUUCAAUCUGCAACUGGAAGUGGCAUUCAAGGGUUUUGAUUCAGAAUGUGAAGUUUUGCGCAGCCUUCGCCAUAGAAAUCUUGUGAAAGUCAUCACUUGCUGCUCCAACCUUGAUUUUAAGGCUUUAGUGCUCGAAUAUAUGCCUAAUGAAAGUCUUGACAAGUAUUUGUAUUCGCACAACUACUUCCUAGACAUCAGGCAGAGACUAAGCAUUAUGAUAGAUGUGGCAUGUGCGUUGGAAUAUCUUCAUCAAGGAUGCUCCUCUCUCGUGAUUCAUUGUGAUCUGAAGCCUAGUAACGUCUUGCUGGAUGAGGAUAGGGUUGCCCACCUAAGCGACUUUGGUAUUUCAAAACUGCUUGUUGAAGAUGAGAGUGAUUUAUACACAAAAACCUUAGCAACAUUUGGUUAUAUUGCACCGGAGUCAUUACAGAAGCCUAGUGAUGUCUUGCUGGAUAAGGAUAUGGUUGCCCACCUAAGCGACUUUGGUAUUUCAAAACUGCUUGUUGAAGAUGAGAGUGAUUUAUACACAAAAACCUUAGCAACAUUUGGUUAUAUUGCACCGGAGUAUGGACUGGAUGGACUAGUGUCAAUAAAAUGUGAUGUCUAUAGUUACGGGAUCAUGCUGCUGGAAACGUUUACUAGGAGAAAGCCUACUGAGUUGGAGGGAGAUCUUAGCUUGAAGCAAUGGGUGAGUUAUUCACUCCCCGAGGCAGUAAUGGACGUUAUGGAUGCCAACUUGGUUACACCAAUGGAUAAUCGCUUACAGAAGGAGUUAGAUAUCCUGGCAUCAAUCUUGAAAGUAGCAUUAGAUUGUUGUGUUGAAUCUCCGACAAGAAGGACAAACAUGAAAGAUGUUGUAGGGAUGCUACAGAAGAUCAAGAUUCAACUUCUUGCAUGCUGA